GUAAGGUUUCAUUCAGCUAGCAGAUAUACACGGGGAGGAGUAUAAAACAUGAAGGUGAGCUUUUCAGGUCUCAACUGGUGAAGGUGCAGCACUGAAGAAGAACAGAGAUUUAUUUUUACAGCUAGAAUGAUUCCGAUUAUUAAGUACACCGGAGCAACCAUCCUUUUGCUGACAGUUCUAAUUCAAACUGGACAACUUUAUCCACACCAUGACAUAAUGAACUUUGGCUGUGAGGAGUGCAAACUCAAGGAGAACAACAUCUUUUCAAAGCCUGGUGCUCCGGUUUAUCAGUGCAUGGGUUGCUGCUUUUCACGGGCAUACCCAACUCCUCUGAGGUCCAAGAAAACUAUGCUGGUCCCCAAGAACAUCACAUCAGAGGCCACGUGUUGUGUUGCAAAAGAAGUGAAACGGGUUAUUGUGAAUGAUGUGAAACUAGUGAACCACACAGACUGCCACUGUAGCACUUGCUACUAUCAUAAAUCUUAGAUUGCAGGAUUUUAAAGCAACUUUGCUAAAUGUAUGCAAAGAUGCAAUGUGCUUGCUUGACUAGUGUUUUGAAGAAACCACCCGAAUGUAAGUUAUAUAGCAAAAAGUGUGUUUCAUGCAUGUGCAGACUAUAUCUUCUGUGGUUAAACUUUCAAUUUACUAUUAAUGUGAAUUUGUUUUUGCUCUCUUCAGUUUAAAUAACUAGAUUAAUGGAUUUACUAAAAUUGUGCAAUUCUUGUCUUAAUUUCAAUCUAUUUGAAAAAAAAAUUCUAAAAAUAAAGCCUAUGCUGCAACUAAUUAUAGAUCCUA